AUGAGCGAAACAGUGAAGAACGAGAUGGAGAUUGACUCCGAGAAUGUAGCCAAAGUUGAAGAGGUGACCGAUAAAUCGAACGGUGAUGAUGAUACAUCUAGCAUGGAAGACAAGACAUUGAAGUUCUUGAUCAAACAGACUAAUGAAGUGACCAUACCUCCUUUUGCCAAGUGGUUUGACAUGUAUUCUGUGCAUGAAAUCGAGAAGCGGUCGCUUCCAGAUUUCUUCGAUGGCUCCUCCAGAUUUAAGUCAGAAAAAGCAUACAAGGACACUAGAAAUUUUAUAAUAAACACAUUCAGAUUAUCUCCUACAGAAUACCUAACAAUUACCGCGGUAAGAAGGAACAUCGCUAUGGAUGUCGCUUCUAUCGUAAGGAUUCAUGAAUUUCUCGAGAAAUGGGGACUAAUUAAUUACCAGGUAGACCCUAGAUCAAAACCGACCUUAAUAGGUCCUAGUUUCACAGGGCAUUUCCAAAUUACUUUAGAUACUCCACAAGGUUUGAAACCAUUUUUACCGGAAAAGAAAAUUAUUGCUAACAAGAAGCUCAAAAUAGAGGCACAGAAGAAGAAACUAGUACAUGAAGAUGAGGAAAGGGUCGAGGUACUAAUAUUGAAUGAUGCAACUACCAAGGAAUCAAAUGAAGAUGACCAAACAAUAAAUGAGGAAGAGAACUCAUACCCAACUAACGUCUCUCUAAGGCAAAAUGUCUAUGAUGCAUCUAAAAAUUUCAAUGCCCUGAAAGAAAAGAAAUUAGAGUCAAAAGAUAUGCAAAAGGUAUUUGUCUGCCACAUAUGUGGAAACGAUAAGAUGACAGUUAAGUAUUUCAAUUUGCGCAAUAAACAUUCGAGCUUGUGCCAUAAGUGCUUCUCUAAAGAGCAAUUUGGCGAGAAAUUUCAAUCCUCAGACUUUAUAAAAUUAGCAGAUGAAAAUGCUUUCCCUCAAAGAAAGAUAUGGACAGAUCAGGAAGUCGUUUCAUUACUGGAAGGUCUAGAAAUGUUUGGGUCUGAUUGGAAGCACAUUGCUAAACACGUAGGCGGGAACAAACUAAUUGCGGACUGUGUUGAUAAAUACAUGUCACUUCCAUUGGAAGAUGAUGACGUUUCAAAACUAUUAGACAAGUAUAAGAGCUCUGCAAACCAAACUACAUCAGAUACCAUCAUUGAAGUGAUGGAGAAUUUUAUUAAUGCAUUAAUCACUAAUGGAAAUGAGGACAUAUUGAAUAGCAAGCUUCCUACUGCUGCCCACAACUGUCAGUUGAAGUCACAAUACCAAAUGCGUAUCAUUGCACAGGAACUUAUAACAUUGAGUGCUAAAAAGCUUAAAAUAAAAAUGUCUAAAUUAGAUAGCCUGGAUAAGGCUCUAACAGAAGAAACUGCCAAAUAUGAGAAUGAAGUAAGUAAAAUAUCUCAACAGAAAAAUAAUUUGAGUAAACAAGUGAGUGAAAUUAAUCAAAAGCUCUCAGAUUUAAAUGUCACAAAGAAACUUGUGAUAGCAUCAGAGCAAAUGGAUUCUAACAUGGACCUGGUAGACAAAGAAGAAGAAGAAGAAAAGAAUGAUAAUCAGCAAUUAGCAAAAGAAGUAGCGCAGCAUCUUGAUGACCCAAAGCUAACUGAACCAAAGAGAUUCAAAAUUUGGUCGUUGUAA